AUGCCAGCAAUUCCCACUACCAACCCGUCAUCAAUGGAUGGAAUCUUAAAACUCGAGCACACCGUGCCCAAGUUGCCUGUGCCGCUGCUUGCGUCCACCGUCAACCAAAUCCUUGCCGCGUUAAAGCCUCUUUUAACUGCGGAAGAGUACUCCGAAAUUUUGGAAGAAGCCUCCCAGUUUUUGGCUAAUGAUGCCAUCAAAUUAAUCCAGGAGCACUUGGAAGCCGCAGCAAGCUUAGAUGAUGUCAAGUGCUACCUUAACUCUGUGAAUGGAGAGCUGUACCCGGGUGUUUAUGGUGAUUUGCGGGGUGAUACCUUACCUAGGAACCCAUACUUGGUUUUGGAGGAGGACCCCUAUGCCAUGACUAUUAAUCCACCAAACCAGGCGCAGCGUGCUGCUUCCCUCGUCAACUCGUCUCUUAAGUUCAUGGUUACCAUGAGAAAUGGUACUUUGAAGCCUGACGUGACCCCAAAGAGUGGCAAGUUACUCACUAUGAAUUGCUACAGAAACCUUUUUGGAACAACCCGUAUCCCUCAGGAUUCAGAUUUUGGCCGUCACAUGGUCACUAUCAAGAAGUACACGCACUUCAACGACUCACGCCACAUUCUCUUCAUUUGUAACAACCAGUUCUUCACCUUGGAAGUGUUGACAGAAUGCACUGACGAAACUGCAGAAUGCAAACAUCGUCUUUGGUUCAAUGACGCAGAAUUGGCCACAAUUAUCCACUCCAUCAUUGAGGAAGCGCUGUCUGUGGAUCUGGUGGCUUCCGUGACCAACGGUGUAGGUGCCAUCACCACUCAAACCUACCAUCACUGGAAGAGUGCCAGAGCCGAGUUGGAGAACUCCAACAAGGACGCGUUGAGCUUGAUCGACAAUGCUCUUAUGGUGGUUGUGUUGGACACCGUCAAUUCACCAGUCACAGACCAGGAGAAAACCAUGGUGAUUUCGCAUGGUACAUCUGAGCUUUUGGCAGGCACCAAUAUCCAAAUCGGGUCUUGUACAUCGAGAUGGUACGACAAGUUGCAGUUGGUGGUGACGAAAAAUGCUGUAGCGGGUGUUGUUUGGGAAUCUUCAUCCAUGGACAGUACUGCUAUCUUGAGAUUUAUUAGUGACAUCUACACAGAUUCUAUUUUGAAGCUUGCCCGUAACAUCAACGGUGCCGAGAAUACUUUAUUUGAUCCAACCAUCACUUUUGCCUCUGGAAAGGAGUCCAAGCCAGACUACGUUCCAUUGAUAUUCAAUAAGACUCCUGAGUUGCAAAAUCUAGUGCACUUAUCUGAAACAAGGCUUGCAGACUUGAUCAAUCAGCAUGAGUACAAGACUCUCACUAUGAAGCUCGACUCCCACCUUCUCUCCAAGUUCGGAAUUCUGACUGAUUCGUUCUUGCAAAUCGGUUUUCAGAUUGCCAACUAUGCCUUGUACGGAAGAAUCGCCAACACAAUGGAGCCAAUCACCACGAGGAAGUUUCGUGACGCACGUACGGAGCUUAUUGCCGUUCAAAACGACCUGAUUGCCAACCUUGUCAAGAUGUACAUUACAUCUGAUGAUGAUUUGCGCAAAUGGAACGGAUUCAAAGCCUGUUGCGAGAUUCAUACUGCUCAAUAUCGUGAUGCAAUGGCUGGAAAGGGUUUUGAACGUCAUUUCACUGCAUUGGUGCAUAUCUUGCUGAGACCUGAAGCUCACUUCAACUUGACAGAAGAAACACAGAGUAUGGGUUUGAAACCCAUUCCAUCUCAGUACGAGUUGGCUAAGUUGAACAUUCCAUUCAUCACUAAUGAGCACCUCGAGAAGCUCACAGGCGCAGAGUUGUUGAUCAGUAAUUGUGGUAACCCUGCUUUGAGACUCUUUGGUAUUCCUCCAUCUCUUGACCAAGGUUUUGGUAUUGGAUACAUCAUCCACAAAGACAAGGUUGUGGUGACUGUCUCCUCCAAGUACAGACAAACGGAACGUUUCUUAAAGACUUUCAAGUCGGUGGUCAGAGGCAUCAAGGAUAUUGUCAAACAGAAGUCGGAUGUCCUAUUGGAUUCGGCUGACUCAGAGUCACGUAAGUUGGAGUUGAAGAAGUUACGUAUCGAGAAGGAGUUGUUGAAUGUCAAUAAGCACUUGUCUUCGACGCGUCACCCAAUCGACAUCUCUGUGAGCUCCAAUCCACUGAGUGCACAUGUGGAUGAGCUCGUAAAGAAUGAAAUCGACGCCGGAUCGGGAUCUGACGACAACAAAGAAGAAGAUUUCAGUUACUUGGGUGGUUAUGGCUACUUCGACAUGGGAGAAGUGACUCUUCGUAGUGAUGAGAUUUCUCGAAACGAAUCUUUCAUGAACUCACACUCCAGCGUUGGCUCCGGUGUGACCUCUAGAUCCGAAUCCAGACACCACUCAACGCUUAACUUACAUCAGCUUGGUAAGCAACACGGCGCUGCGCCGAAUGACUUGAGACUCAAACUCAGUGAGAAAAUCAGAGACCAAUUGUCAGGCAGUGCGAAUGGUCUGAAUGUCAGUCUUGACCAAAUUGUCAGUUCAGAACGAACCGAUAGACACAAGAGUCAGAUUGGCCGCGAGUUGGAGAUGAAGUAG